AUGAUGCUCGAGAGUUCCCACCGUGAGUUGGUGCGGCGCCGUUUCACGGGGCACUGCCGCGGUGUGGAGGUGGUGUGCAGCGGCUACGGCACAGUGCUUGCGGUGCGUCUUGUCGACAAGGCGGUGUGGGAGCCGUUUUACCGCAAAGGACUCCCACCGUCCACCGCGGAUGGCGACAGUGCAUCCAAUAGUAACGUUGUUGGCGUCCCUGCCGGAGUUACAUCUGCGGCACCCGUAGACUUUGAAAAACUUGCCGAAAGCGUCAAGGCGGCGGUGUGGGACGCGACGCGGAAGAUACGCUCCGCAAAGGAGGCGGCGCUCCAGCGGAGCCUGUCCCACAAUAAACAGAUGCAGGCUGGGGCCAGCCUAACGCAAUGGUAUGAAGAGGAUGCAAACACGCUUCGGCCCUUGGCGUUUGAGGCGCUGCGACAUGAGGCGGCUACGCCGUGGAUGCAAUGUGUUCAGUUUGGGAAAAAAGAGCAGGCAGCGGCCUUACUGCGGUGUGAGUCGGGCAAAGAGGCCAGUGACUGUUCUACUGGAGACGCGACAAGGGUUGGUCUGGUGAAUGCAGAGUCUCAGUGUGUCACAGCACUGGACACGAAGGACGUAGACCCCGCAUCGAUACCAAUUGGAUCUGUGCAUCCAAUAUUUGCUCCCGCACUUAUUCAGUUUGAAAAGCGUGCAUGUAGUUCUCUAAACGAUGAGGCCAUUCGCCAGGAACAGUGGCGGGAGAUGUCUCGUGAUGAGCAGCUCUUCUGGGAACGCGUGGAGCUGAUUCGGAAAGGACAAGUUGCUGCGAUUAAAGGCGGGCAAAAGCGUGACUACGCGGAUGAGGCCGCGGUCGCCAGCGACAGUGCGUUGGAUAAGGUACAACUGCGGUUCACGCAAUGA